AUGGCCUCGUUCCAGAAGGAGUCGCUCUCGUUGGCGGAGACGAACCGCGUGCGCAUUUCACUGGGACUGGCACCACUGGACGAUGAGCCAGCAGUACCGUCCGAUGUGAAAUCGCAGGCGGAGCAGGACGCGGAGUCGGAGCGAAAUUACGCGGCGCGUCGCAAGUCGGAGCAGAUUGCCCAAGACGAGGCAGCGACGCGAGAGCGUAUCACCAAGGCCAAAAACCGACGCGAACUUGUGCGCAAACUUCGCGGACCGACGCUGGGCGAGGAAUCGCCGGAGGAAGGGACGAGGCAGUGGGUCAAGGCCGCAAAUUCCCGUGCGAAAGAGCAUGCGGCGCGGCGCCAGCGCGAGAUGGAAGAGGCAGAAGCGCCGGCAGAGCAGUACAGUGCGUCAGACUUGGAUGGCUUGCGUGUUGCGCACGAUCUUGCGGAUCUUGGCGACGGCAACCAGGAGCAUAUUCUGACGCUGCGCGAUGGCAAUGUCCUGGACGAGGGCGAAGACGAGCUGGUGGAUGCGACCAUUGCCGAGCGUGCACGCGCGAGCCGGAAUAACGAGCGCAAGGGGGGCGUGCAAGCGUAUACCGGGCUAGACGACGAAUCGUUUGAUACGCACCAAUCUGCAUCCGUGCUCGGCAAGUACGACGACGUGGAAUCGCUGGACGCUCGCGAAAAAGUGGAGACGAGGGGAGGCUUCCGUAUCGGGGAUGCAGCGACCGUUGCGGAUAUGGAUGCACGCACUGAGGCGCACGUAUCUGCGCGGCGCGCCGAGGAGCAUCGCGAGCAGCAGCGCGUCAGCCUUGACUAUGUAAAAAACGUGCCCGUGUCGGAUUAUGCGCCAAACAUCCACUUCAAGAAAGGGAAGAAGAAGCGGCACGCGUCACGCGUACAGCUCGACGUGGAAAACGCCACGCCCGAAGAGCCGAUGCCUGCGGACGUCACGCCGCAGCCUGCGUUAAGAGAGAAUGUAGUAGAUGACGACGAGCUUGCGGCGAGUCUUGCGCGGGCGAGAAGACAGCGUGCCAAGCGCACAAUCGCUGCCGUCACGCCCGAAAUGCUUGCCAAGAACCUCGCGGCGAAGCGCGAGGCAGAGGCACAUGCACAGCCCGACACAGACGAGGGCAUAACGUUUGACGAGACGUCGGAGUUUGUGCGCCAGCUGGCGCAGCGCCCCAUGGAGCCGGCGCGCGCGGUGCAAGAAAAAGCCGAAGACGAGCCGCUUGCAGAGGUACAUGCGCCGUUGCUUGCAGAGGUACAUGCACCGCUGGCCACACACGCCGAGCCGCAAGACCUCAGCGAGAUCGACUUUGCUGCGACGCAGGACGAGCCGGACGAGUCGCUUGCGUCCGAGGGCGUCGCUGCUGCACUGCGCCUACUCAAGAGCCAGGGCAUUCUGGAACAGGCCGAUCCGAUGCAGCACGAGCGCGAGAGUCGGCAGCUGCAGUACGACGCUUGGGUGCGCGACCAAAAGCGGCGCGAUGAAGAAGCGCGCCACACCCCCAACCACAAGUCGUCUACGCGCGAGUACGAUGCGCGCAAUCGCGACAAGCGCGAAGCCGAAGAGGCCAUGGCGCGGUUCAAAGAUUAUACCCCCGAUGUCACCAUUGCGUACCACGACGAAUUUGGGCGUACGCUCACGCCAAAAGAGGCAUGGAAGCGCAUGUCGCACGUAUUUCACGGAAACAAGCCAGGGUACAAGGCACAGGAGAAGCAGCUGCGCCGCAUUGAGAACGAGCGCCGCAGGGAGCAGAUGCUGGCGGGCGAUACAAGCGCCUUGACGCGCGCAUUCCAGGAGCGCUCCGAGCGUACCGGACAGGCCCACAUGGUGCUGAGUGUGGGCAACAAAGACAAUGCGCCGCGCGAGAUUGACUUGCUUGGGCACGCGCGCGAGACAAGCGUCGUUAAAGCAGUGCCGAAAGCCGAAAGCAAGCGUAAAGAAAAGCGCCCACAGCGCGAGGCGUCCGAGCCACCCGAAGCGCCGCCGGCCAGCGCUCCUUUUGAAGCGCCGCCGCCAAAGCCUGUUAUGAAGCCUGCCUUUGGACGUAUACAGAUGGUGCCGGUGUCAAGCGACGCUCCCGAAGCGCCCGCGCCACGCGAAAAGAUUCGCAUUUCGCUGGGCAAGCGCAAGGCGCAGGAGGGGAAUGGCGUAUAG